AUGAACAGGAAAAACAUUUACAGUAAUUAAAAUUAUAAUGAAUCAUUACAAAUAAUAGUCAUUAUUUAAACGAGCGACAAGUAUGCAAUAUCUUAUACGUUAAACAACUUUUCGUUUAUUAUGCGCUGUCGCGGUACAUGAAAACUCUCGUGAAUAGCCAGCAGAUACAAGCCGCGCAACAUUGUGCGCGUAUAUAUUUUGUUAGUUUACUCGAUUAGAACCGGCAAAAUGGACGAUAUAGCACUUCGAGCAUCUGAUCAUGUUUUAGAAGUGAUUUUUUCUUAUUUAGAUUUACACACAUUGAAGAACUGUUCGUUGGUAUGCAAACGGUGGAAUCAAUUUUUAAAUGAUGAGAACAAUGAUGCGUGGAGAAUGCACUGUAUCAGAAAAUUAGCUCAAGAAGCUCUUAGUUCCGACUUAUUAUCAUCGGUGCCUACGUAUAAAUCGAAACUUCGUGCACUGUAUCAUGCGUGGAAUCCUAAUGACUGUUCUCGUAAUAUUUACAUUAAAUCCAAUGGAUUCACCCUUCACAGAAAUCCAAUUGCUCAAAGUACAGAUGGUUGUAGAGGCAAAAUUGGUUUUCGACAUGGUCGUCAUGCAUGGGAAAUUAUAUGGGAAGGACCUUUGGGUACAGUAGCAGUAAUAGGUAUAGCUACAAGAGAAGCACCUUUAAUAUGUCAUGGUUAUGUAGCUCUUCUGGGUUGUGACGAACAUUCGUGGGGUUGGAAUCUAGUAGAUAAUCAAUUGUGGCACAAUGGAAAUGUCCAAGGAAAUUAUCCUUUACUUAAUAAUGCUCCAAAAUAUCAGGUUGGGGAGAGAAUUAGGGUAAUAUUAGAUUGCGACGAUAAGACAUUAUCUUUCGAGAAAAAUUAUGAAUUUUUGGGAGUGGCGUUUAGAGGGUUGCCAGACAAAAGAUUAUACCCCUCUGUAUCUGCUGUAUAUGGAAAUACAGAGGUAUCUAUGGUAUACUUAGGACCACCUUUAGACGGCUAACACUAUACUUUGUGUAGAAACAUAUCCUCUGAGGCAUAUUCGAUGCUGUAUGGUGAAAUCUCUGUCUAAAGAAUAGUGCAUCAUACCAAAAUCUCUACUGCAAAGUAGAACUAGCACACUAAUGAACUGCUGUAUAAUACUCUUUAUGAAGGAUGUGUGCCUGUUCAGUCAGUCAAUAACAUUGUAAAUAGUAUUAGCACUUGAUUUAAAUUGAUAAGUCUGUCACAGAGCUUUAUAAUAGUCAUGAAUUACUUAAUAAUUGACAUUUAUAAAUUUCACUUACAAUCAUACCUUUGCUAAUAGUUAAUGUUGAAAAGGUCCAUAUAUUUAAUAAUGCAAUUUUUCAUUUCAAUUUUAUGAUGGAAAGUAUCUUUAUAUAGUAUCUUUAUAUGAAAAGUUGAGUGGCAUAUUACUGAUUUUAAAGAUAAUUCUACAAAGAGUUAAAUUAUACGAUUUUUAACAAAGAAGUUCCUUUGCGAAGUAAUUGUGUAUUGUAGUUAAAAAAAAAUACAAAUUAGAUUAUUUUUAUUUUAAAACAUUUUUAAGUCACAUAAAUCUAGUUUAAGUUAAUACAAAUGUACAUAAUAAUAAGGAUUUUCUGAGCCUUUACUCUUCCAUACAGUAUUGAUAUUCAAGUCCUUAUACGAAUAUAUGCUUUGUAUGCAUAAAUCUAUUAUUACAUGCCAAAAAAAUGGCAAUUCUUACAAUAGCAUAUAGUUUAUUUUAAUGGAUAUUAUCUAUCCAGAUAAUUUUGUGGUAACCUAGAAAGAUCUGUGAUUCAUUCCUAUUUUGUUAGCGUGUUUUUUUGUAUGCUAGCUGUAAAGAUAUUUUAUUUAUUUAUUUAUUUAUUUAUUUAUUUUGUAUGGUUCAAAAUUGUGGAAAAAGAAGAGACGAAAGAUGACUUUUUCACAAAUGUUAAAUAACGUUUCGUAUUUUAAUUUAUUCUAGGUAUUUAUUCACAUUUCAAAUCAAUAUCUAUUUUCCAAUGUUAAGAACUGAUAUAUGUAUAUAUAUUUUCUUUUAAUACCGAUAGAGCUCAAGUAGCAAAAUCUUCAAAUAAAUCGAGAAUAAUUUAUAAAAUAGUAUACAGGGUGUUCCGCUUAAAGUGUUCAUAGCUGCUUUAUUUCCAAAUGUACAAAGCAGUCUGUAAAAUAUUGUAUGGGAAGAAAUCUAAUCAAUUUGUACGAUAAUUAUAAUCUUUGUUCUUUUGUACUUUAAUAGAUAAUUUAGCUAAUUUUAUUUUAUUUUGAAAGCAUAUUAAAAGAACAAAUAGUAGUUAAUACAGUCCAAGUACCUGUGAAACUUAUCUACACAAUAUCAAGAAGGAAUAUUAUUAUUUUUUUCUGUGUAGUAAUAUGUGUGAUGAAAGUUUGUUUAAUUAAAAAAUUAAGUACUUCAUUUUUUGUGACAAAUGCACAAUGUGUCAUGUAUUUAACAUGAGACAGUUUUCUAAUUAGCUUAUGCAUUUAUUGUAAGAAAAUGUUGUAUUGGUUACACGUGAAAAUUGUACGUCGUGCUCUGUGAGAUAUAUUUAUAAAUAGUAAUACUAUCGAUGUAACUUGUUCAUUAUCAGGCUACGUAUGUGUAGCUUGUGAUGAAUCAGUUUUCCUAAACUUUUGUACAGAAUCGUGUACAUAAUAAUCAUGAAUAUAUGAGGAGAGAAUCAACCUUGUUUCGUAAGUAUCCAAUGGUUUCAUCUGUAUAAGUAGACAAUUACGAAUCACGGACUGAUUUAGAAUUUGUACCUUUUUCGAACUACGACGAAACUAAUCACAUCUUGCAUGGAAGAUAAAUAAACGUCUGUACGUUAUAUAAGUUAUGUCGAAAACAAAUUACCAAGAUUACAUGUGGAGUAUAGUGGUGCCUUAUAACGAUUUUUUCGGUAUAAUCUUGAUGUGACCAGGACACACGAUAGUAAUUUAAGCAUUACGAUUUUAAUAAAUCCAUAAACAUAUUAACAUAUAUGUACACGUGAAAUAAUUUGAAUCACGAGUGCAUGUCGAUUUGUAAAUACGCAUAAUUAUCAUGUAAUCUCCAGAAAAACCAUUCUGUACAAACGUUUAGAAGAAGAAAUAAUGUUUUAGCCGUGAUACGAUUAAGCUUGGAACACCGGUAUACUUGCACGUGUAUCAGGAGUACGAAAGUUAAAACAAAAGAAAUGUACAUCGCUCUGUAAAUAAAUUAUUUUAUUUUAAU